AUGUUGGUGCCUUCGGCUAGUCCUCCCGUAUCGGGAGCUCUGGCGAGGUCGAGGUUGGGGAUUCCAUCUUCUUCUUCUUCUUCGGCUUCUGGUGCCGGUGCCUGUGGUGUUGCUGUUCCCGCCGCUGCGUGUGUUCCGCAUCGGAUUCUCCCUCUUCGCUCGGUUUUCAGGCGUUGUCCCUGUGGAGUCUACUCCUCGAAGACCAGAGCCACGGCGGAGCUGGCCGAGGGGAGGGAGCUAAGGGAGAGGGCCGGUGCGCCGAGGGGAGUGGCAGUUCCCUCAUUUGCAGGGGCGGAGAAGGAAGUUAGUCAGUCGCUGUCGUUUCUCAAUGCUCAGACUGAAGAAGGUUUGGUCUCUCCAUUGCCAGUUUAAACCUACUUAUUUAAUGGUGUCUCUCAUCCACAACUAUGGACGCUGAAGGACACACUCCCUGUAAUUAUUCUGUUUUUACCUCUGCUUCUUAGGGCCUCCUGGCUCGUUUCUAUGACAUGUUGUUCUCUGUUGAGUAUUUGCAUUCUCUCUCCCUUGAGGAAGCUUUAGAUUCAUUAUUUUGUUCCUUUAUCCUCUUGGAAAACAGAACUUCUAUUGUCUAGGCUCUCCAAGAUGAAAGGAAAAUGUUUUUUAAUGGAAAUUUGCAUGUUCAAGUUCUCUAUGUAUCUAGCGCCUUCCUCUCUGUGAAUAUUAUUCCUACUAUUUGGUGCAGGGUGUGCAUUUCUUGUUUAAUUUAAAGAUUACAAACUCUUCGAUCAUCCCAGAUUCUCUAAGAAGCAUUGCAGCAAUAAAAGUAACCGGUGCCAUCGGCUUGGAAUCCAAAAUAUUGACAGAAUUUAUGGACGCGAGUGUAUCACAGGUCCAUUAAGGCUACUUAGAGUAACCCUCCAAUGUGCUCCAAAGUUUGGAGUGAUGCUGAUGAGGAAGAAUGCAUGGUUUCUCAUUGGGGAAUAGUCAUCAACUCUAUCUGAUGUGAAACCGCAUGCGGGAGAAAUAAAUGUGCAUAUAAUUCACGUCUUAUUAUGCAGAAGUUUGGGUUUCUAUUUGAUUAAUCUAUUAUAGGUGCUAUUAACCUAAUACCUCCCAAUGGUAGAUUUUAAUGCGGCCAUGCUUACUGGGACAUGCACCUUCGCUCAUUUUGUCGUAUCAGCUCACGAUGAAAGCAAUUAAAUCCGUAUCUCCUAUGGGGCCUGGGAUAUGUGUCAUCCAUAUCUAUGGUGUGCACGUGCCAUAUAUUGGUGCUGAGUUGAAAGCCAAAAGUCUAAUACAGACAGUAGAAGGACCAGAAUUUAUAAUAUCCAUACGUUGAAUUUAUCUAAUAUAAUGGGGGAGGUGUAUCUACUUUCCUUCAUCUAGGUAAGACAAUCAUUAAUGAUUUGUUUGAUUGUCUAUCUUUCGUUCGAAAAGGAGUGUUGAACACCUCAAUGGCCUAUAUGACAAGUACACACGUGAUGAGUUAUAUCGUGAUAUGCAUAGAAGUAUUGCCUUCAUUGCUUACUCCAUAGGAGUAAAACCCUAAUUUGGUGCCGGGAAUGCUUGUUUAUCCUUGAGAAGAAGUAACAAUCAUACUCUUCACUAGGGUUUGUUUGUCCUUCAUAGUCAUCAACUGAGGUGGAUAAAACUCCGAGGAGGACUGAGGUAACGAUUCAUUGCUCGUCCUUGACCUGGUUACAUCUUGAUUCCUGGAUCUGCAGUGAAGAAGACUCUUUUUUAUUUUUUAUUUUUAGCAGUCCGCCUAGUUCACUAACAUGAUCACUUCAUUGAUGAACCGGACUAUUUUUAUAAUCACAUGCUUGCGUGAUAGGGUUGUGACCUUGGUAAUCGCCUCCAGUUGAGAAAGCCAACGUUUAACAUUGUCACAUAAUCUCACCCAAAGAUUUUAAGUCAUAUAUCUUGUAUCAUGUCUAUGGUCGACCAGUCCCUUCUAUAUAAUGGACUUCUUCACUUGAAACUAGUUUCGUUCUCCUUGUGCAGAUCAUAUUCAAAUAUCUGCUGAAAUUAAUGUUGUUCCCUCUUGUUUUCGUUCCUUUUUGUUGGAAUUAACUUGUAAAUACAUUUUAUUAUCAAUAGUAUUGUGGGUUGGGAUGGUGGUUGUCUCAUUAUAUGAAAUUUAAGGCUCAAUUAAAAGGGUAGACUGCUUUACAUUGCUGUUAAGUUUCUCCCUGCGUCAUUAGUUUACUGUAGACACGACUUACAUUUUCUUGGAGGUGGUAGGGCCUAGAGUACCCAAAAUCUGUCAAACCCUAUCUGUUUUAUUUAUUGGGGACCAAUAAAUUACACGUGUAAAAUACACCCACAAUUGACUCCGUCAUCUGAUUCAUUGUGAAUCGUCCUACAGCUGGACGAUUCCUACGAUCUGAGCGUAAAGUGUCACCAGCCUCAAUGACCAAUAUUUAAAUGGCCUUGCAGAUCCUAAAUCACAAAUUCUUUCCUUAGAUCAGCUGAUCAAGCUGAUCAAUAUUACUAUGCAACUUGACUCUGCCAAAGAACAAAAUAAGAAAGAUGAUCUCCAUAUCACCUGUAUGGCUAUCCUAAUCGUAGUCAUUGGCAUGGAGAUUCCUGUACUUGAAAUUAACUCCAUUACAUUGUUUAAGAUCAUUUUUCAGAACAUUUCUCCAUUCUUGGUAAGUAUUUCAUUACAGAUUAAUGCUCGGAUUCCUUUUUGCCUCUUUAUAGAUAGAAAUCUAUGUGCAUAGUAUUGAUCAUCCGGCAAAAACCUCCUACUAAAUGUUUGCUCGGAACCCCAAAGAUGUCAUCGUUCUGGCUUAGGUUUCGAUAUCUUAACAGCAUAGUUGAUUAAGCAUCUUGCCUUUAUUCUACAGUUUAUCUGAUGCCAUACAUGUACUUAAAAGAAGCUACUAUACAUGCAAGUAGCUUAACUAUCCUAUUUCUAGAUAGUAGUAAGGAACUUAUGGAUUAGUUUUUUUGGGUCAAUUAUGGUUUAUGGUUGGAAUUAUUGUAGCUAUGUUUAUGCAGAGUUGCUUUUCCAUAUCAGAAGGGAAGUAGAGAUUGGAAGGCUACCUUCAAAUAUUGCUGCCAAAUUGCAUGAAAUUUAUUACAAUUAUAGAAAUGCGGUAAUUUUUUAUCUUGACACAUUAUAUACACUUUUCUUUACUCUUUUCCCCUCAGCUUUAAGCAUAUUUGCCUUAAUCUACGUCUCGUUAAUCAUAAUUUGCUUUAAAUAUCUUCGCUGCCAAAAUCUACGUGCUAUUAUUGGUAACGAACUCAUAUAGGCCUUGCACAAUCAGAGCGCUGUAAUCAUAUCAAUUUGUGCUUCCCUUUUUUAACAAUGGCCUAUAUAAUGAUCCAAUCUUCAGGGCUCAUUUUAGCAGGCUAAUUUUUACACAAACUUAGGUCAAGUUGCCUAUUGAAAAGUCCAACCCUUGCAAUGAUGAAUUUUUUUGCAAUCCAAUUAAAUAAUGCCAUAUGCAUCUUGGGCAUGUACAAUAUUUUGCUAAAUGAGGGCUGACCAUUCAGGCGUUGACCAUUUGUUACAAUAUUUAUAUAUAUACAUAUAUAUAUACAUAUAUAUGUAGUAUUUAAGCGAUGCAUCUUUUCUUUCUCAGGUUCAUCAGAGUGGGAAUACUGAGGCAGAUGAGAUAAUAUUGUCGAACAUGGCUGCCACGUUUGAUCGGGUCAUGUUGGAAGUGGAGGUUUGGCUGCUGAGAUAAUGUUUUUGUAAAUGACCUUCGGUUCACACGUUCUCAUGCUCAAAUCUGAAGUGUUUGGACAUCUCUGCAGGAUCCAUUUUCAUUUCCACCUCAUCAUACAGCUAUACGAGAGCCUUUUGACUAUUAUAUGUUUGGUCAAAAUUAUUUCCGGCCUUUGAUCGAUUUCAGGUAUUGACAUUGUUGACUCUUAUCUAUUCAACUUAUUAUUCACUAAAAUAGAAAUUAUUUCCGGCAUUUAAUCGAUUUCAGGUGUUGACAUUGUUGACUCUUAUAUAUAUAUAUAUAUAUAUAUAUAUAUAUAUAGCUGCAUAUUCGUGACCUUUUGUUUUGUAUCUUCAGAAAAUCCUACAUCGGCAACGUCUCCCUUUUCCAUGAUGCAGAAGAGAAGCUCCACCAGGUACCUAAUCUCAAUGAUAUUAUCUUUUUAUUAUUAUUUUAUUUAAUUUCCCUCUUGGUGCAACUCGUCACUUCUAUUUGCGGAUGGAUGAUUUUAGGGCCAUAACGUCAUAUUGAUAUCCAACCAUCAGACAGAAGCAGAUCCGGCGAUAAUUUCCUUGCUACUCGAGAAGACAAGCCCGUACAUCUCCGAGAACAUGGUGGGUUGACUUCCGAAACUCUUUGACCUAAUCGUGCCCCUGAGUCUCUUGUCUCCGGCCUGUGGUUUGACUUUCCCACGCCGUCUCCCAAGACCUUUGUUGCAGGAGACAGGGUCGUGACGGACCCAGUCUGCAAGCCUUUCAGCAUGGGAAGGUACGUCCCGUUGUGAAUCGGUUCGCAGCUUCGCAUCCGUAUGCUGUUUCUGACCCUCGCGUUAUAACCAUGAGUUGAUUUGUUCUUCUUUCAAGUCCAGAAACCUCGUCUGCGUGUACUCCAAGAAGCACAUGUACGACAUUCCCGAGCUCGCCGAGAUGAAAAGGAGAGCUAACACACGCAGUCUUAAGGAAAUGGCGUUGCUACUGAGGUACCCCCCCCGGUUUCUUUUGCUUGCCAAUUUAUUUAAAGUGGCCUGUAAAAAAAAAAAGAAAAAGAUAAAAAAAGAAGAAUAAAAAAGCUUGCUGGUCAAUCAGCCUCACUUGGGCAACAGCGAUAACCAUGGGGAGCAGAAAAACUUACUUAUUAAGGGAAGAAACCAGAUGCCUCUGUUUGAAUUAAUUUUCUCUGUUCGUAUUUUUUAUUAGAUAAUUUUGAAUUUCUGUGAUUUCUUGUCGGAGAUUUUUCUCAUGGUAUUUGAAUUUGUCUGUUUCUAUGUCAUGGGGAAUUAGUCUGAUAUUGGUUAAAUGCAGGACCGGGGGACAGGUGAUUUGGAUCGCCCCCAGUGGGGGCCGAGAUCGUCCGGACCCCCAAACGGGAGAAUUGUACCCGGUAUCUUUUCUCGUUACUUUAUCACUUGCAUUUGAUGCCACUUCUUGGCAAUUACCUCUUUCUCUCUCUCUCUCUCUCUAUCGAACUAUCAUGAACCGACAUUGUUUUGGGUGGAAGUGGGAGAAAGAGAGACAGAAAUGGGGGGGGGGGGGAGAGAGAGGUAGAGAGGUGAGAGAGAGAGAGAGAGAGAGGAGAAAGAGGUGUGUGUGUGUGUGAGAGAGAGAGAGAGAUGCACUCCUUCUCCCUCCACUGCAACAAGAGGAAGAUCAGGGGAGCUGACCCUCUUCUACUUUCUUCUCUCUUGACAGAAACGAUUGAACUCGCCAGAAAACAAUUGUCCGAUUCACUCUCAACUCCCUGUUCUCCUCAGCCAUUGUGCGAUAAAUUUUCCUCUUCCUCAUCAUCCAGUCACUGUUCAUGCCUUCUCCCACAACCUGGCACCUGCGACUUGCCUUUUUCGUGAGCUCGUUUAAGGCCAAAUUCCACCGCCACUUACUCUAUCAGGUCUUGUGCAGGCUGCAUUUGACGCAGCUUCCGUGAACAACAUAAGAAGACUGGCCGACCAUGCGAAUGUGCCUCGGCACAUAUACCCGUUGUCCCUGCUCUGCUACGAUGUCAUGCCCCCGCCUCCACAGGUAUUUACACCCUCACUAAACCUAAACCUCUCUGCCUGGUUCUUGAUUCUUUUCCCUUCGAUGGAAUGUCGAUCAUCAUCUGAUCUCGAUUCAUUCUUCACAGAAAAAGAAUCGAUCUUGGGCUGGUUUGGUUCUUGAUUCCCCAAAAGAUCGAUUCUUUCUCCAUUGAUGCAAUGAUGAUUCUGAUUAUUCUCACAGGUGGAGAAGAAGAUUGGGGAGAGAAGGGUGAUCUCCUUCCAUGGAGUGGGCCUGUCGAUCGGCCCCGAGGUCGACCUUGAUGGAUUUGCUGCCAACCAUAGCAAUGCCGAGGAGGUUUGUUUCUCUCUGAUAUUUCUGAUUCCAAACUCUCUUCAUAGUCUUGCACGAGAGAGAGAGAGAGAGAGAGAGAGAGAGAGAGGUGAAUCCCUGGUGGAUCAAUGGGGGUGACAAAAGUGAAGAUUUUUGAGUGGGGAUAAUUGGCGCAUGAGGAUGCACACACUACUCUUUCUCUCCCUAGCAAGCCUAAAUUUCUGAUGACCCAACUCAUUGUGGAAAACCUUGUACUUCACUUCUCCCAAUUCAUGAAUUCCAGAUGAGUCUAAAUCACCCACCAAAAUCUAAUAAAUAAUCAACAGCAAAUAUAAAAUAAUAAUACGGUAUAACUAUAAUUGUUCUAAUUGGAUUUCUUUGUUGUAUUUUUCUAAUCAAAUCGAAGCAGGCCCAGAUAUAAUUGAUCUUUUUCCCUGUUUUAUUCCAGGCUAAAGAGACCUUUUCAGCCGCAUUAUACGACUCGGUCUGUGAGCAAUACGACGUCCUCAAGUCCGCUGUCUAUGAUCAUCAAGGGCUGGGGGCAUCCACCUCCUCCGUCUCCUUAUCACAGCCGUGGACGUAG